ACUCUCACACACACACACACACACACACACACACAAGAACUUUUGCUUUUUCAGAGGUUGCCUUGAGGAGAGCUUUCAUUUGUUUGACUUUUACGCCAAACUAAAGAAGCCGAACAUGUCCCCGCCUUCACGACGGCUUCAGACGAAGCCGGUCAUCACCUGCCUGAAGACUUUCCUCAUCUCGUACAGCCUCAUUUUCUGGUUCACGGGAAUGAUCCUGCUGGCGGUGGGCGUGUGGGGGAAGGUCAACCUGGAGGCGUACAUCACGCUGCUGUCCGACGACACCACCAACGCGCCGUACGUCCUCAUCGGCACCGGCGCCGCCAUCAUCGUCUUCGGGCUGUUCGGCUGCUUCGCCACGUGCCGCGGCAGCCCGUGGAUGCUGAAACUGUACGCCAUGUUCUUGGCCGUGGUCUUCCUGGCCGAGCUGGUGGCCGGAAUAUCGGGCUUCGUCUUCCGGCACGAGAUCAAGGCCAAGUUAGGCAGCGCGUACAAAAACGCAGUCAAGUCGUACAACAGCACGGAAAGCGGCAGAAGUACGGUGGAUGCCAUCCAACGGACCUUGCAUUGCUGCGGCGUGAAAAACUUCACGGACUGGGCCGACACGGACUACUUCAAAGAGCAGGGCAUCCCCGCCAGUUGCUGCAAAGUCAACACCAACUGCCCCCCCGAGACCCUCAAGGACCUGGACAAGGCUCGGAAUGAAGUGUACGACACCGGAUGCUUCUCACUGGUGACCAACGUGAUGGAGUCCAACCUGGGCAUCAUUGCCGGGAUCUCUUUUGGAAUCGCCUUCUUCCAGCUCAUCGGGAUAUUCCUGGCCUGCUGCUUGUCUCGAUACAUAACCAACAACCAGUAUGAGAUGGUGUAAAGAUUGACACCGCCUCUCGCAGGUGACUCCGCGUGCUGCUCUCGACUUCAAUGACUGACCCUCCUGAUUUUUAAAUUUUUUUUUUUUUUUUUUUUUUUUUUUUUUUUUUUUUUUAAGCAUGAGAAACCAAACUCUCCGCCUCUCGUUUUUUUUUUUUUUUUUUUUUUUUUUUUUUAAUUCGCUCACGCGACACAGCAGAGGAGCAAAAGGGAAUAUUGCAAAGGGAGCGUCCUUUCAAACAUUUCAACUUGAAAGAAGCAACGUCAAGUCCAGAUAGACGUCGACGUUGUCACUUUUAAUUGUGCUUAAGUUUCAAGUGUCUACAUUUCUCACCCUUAAUGCCUAAGCCGUAUUUGAGAAUUUUGAUCAAAUGUGUGGAAGUAUGACGACAAACUGACAAGGGGAUGUGUGUGUGUGUGUGUGUGUGGGGGGGGGGGGGGAAGCGGAUGUAAAGUGCCAAUUACAACAACUCACGUUUUCAUAUCAAAGUCAUCAGUGUUUUAUUGCUUUUCGUCGGCAGAUGCAUGUGAAAUAUUGGGAAAAAAAAUAAUAAAAUAAAAGGUGAAUUCACAUAA